AUGCAACUGCUAAAUGGAAGGGAAUUUUUGGUGUCACUAGAUCCUCUCUUCUUUUACAUUCCAAUCAUCGAUGAGAAGGAUAAGUGCCUUGGAAUAGACAAAAACUUGAGGACUGCAGCUCUUAUUCUUCGAGCACUUCCUGAUGCCACUUUCGCAUUGCGUACUAUAAUUUCUGGGUAUAGAAUAUAUACCAACGAGAUCGACGACUGGGAUGGAACACUUCGUCGUACCUACUACUGUAGUUUUAUUGGCUUUGUGGGUAUCCUAAUUGCCGUUUCCCUUAUGCUUCCCAUUCCACAGUUGGCAAUAGCAGUUUUCUAUUUCAAGCCAGGAGGCUCUGGACAUUUCAGCCAAAGAGUGACAGUGAGCGUCUUCCUUAUUAUCUAUUAUCUGGCAAGGGUUUCUCUAAUCUACAUAUUCAGUACGGAUAACAUGUAUCAUGCCAGAAAAUGGGUUCGAGCUACACUCAAUUUAUUUUUCUACAUCCUUGCUAGUCAUGUAAGUUCAUAA